AUGUCCAACAGAAGAGAACUUUUAGAAAAGCUAAGAAAGAUAGAGGAAGAGUAUUCCGAUAUAGAAUCAAAUGCAACGAGGUGGGAACUAUCAUCUGAAGAUGAAUCAGAUCAUAUUCCAAGUGAGACAUCUGAUGAUGAAGAGAGCGAUGAAGAGAUGACCACCAAUGAUGAAAAUGAAGAUGUCACCAAUGUGCYCAAGAAAARGCUUAGGGCGCUAAUUGGUUCAGAUGAAGAAACUGMWAAUACCUAUCAGGAUACCGAAACAGCUGCAGAUGGUACUGUGUGGACAAAAUUUGACGAAGGCGGUAUUGCCGGAAGGCUACCRUCUUCGUGUAUUUUCAAGGGUAUGCCAGGAYCAAYARRAUAYGCAAAACGGAACGUUAUGGUAAAUAAUCUUGYCAGUGCAUUCUCGUUGAUARUAAAUGAUUAUAUUAUCAAACAUAUAAAAAAGUGCACAGAAAAGAAGCCGGCCGAAUUUUAG